UUCAGGCACUUUAUACAAUGUCCCAUUAGGCCAUAAAAUUGGAUUUUUAUGAACUAAUAGUGAUUUUUAAGGAAAAAACAUUAAGCUUAACUGCCUCUAAACAUUACAAUGUGGCAAAAUUAACGUUAAGCUCUCCAUCUCCUCACUUCCCACCAACUGAUCCACUUUCAAAAAACUCCACCUUCUUAAUCACUAUAUUCUUCUUGAAAUAAAAGCCAAGAAAACGCACACCCACAUACCAACCUCCAAUUUUCUUGGUCACUUUCUGUUAUUCUUUCUCUAAAAUGAGUAAAGAAUCUGAUACCAUCAAAUCCCAGUUGGUGUUGGAAAUUUGCUCUCUGUCCACCUGCUCCAUUUCUUGUGCGCAUAGGCAUCCUUGCAGGCCUGUUAAAUCUCAUUUUAUCGACUGGUAUCGUCUACUCGGAGUAGAAGAAGAUGCAGAUACGGACGUUAUACGAAAGCGGUAUCAUAAACUUGCUUUGCAGCUUCAUCCAGAUAAGAACGAGCACCCCAAGGCUGAGAUUGCCUUUAAGCUUGUCUUGGAGGCUUAUUCGUGUCUCUCUGACAAUGUAAAGAGAAGAGCCUUCAACUUGGAGAGAGGGAAAAACUUCUGCUUUGAGUGCAAUGGAGUUCCAUACAUUCGCUGCAAUUUUUCUAGCAACGAAUAUACAUCACAACUCCAGGAAUUGAAUCCUGCAAACCACUCAAGAUCAAGCAGAAUUCUGCAAGGUCUGAAAGACAUCAGAGAAAGAUUCAAAGAAGAAGCCAAGUUAAUGGAGAACUGUUUGAAGGCUAAUGCUGCAUUAAGGAAAGGAUCUCCAUUGUUCAAUGCCCCUGACCACCUAUACCAGAGCAACACUAGGUGCAGGUCACGAAAAGAAUCCCCAAUUUUUGAUCCAUCCGACUACCUAUUUGCAGGCUACCCUCACAACAGGAACCGAGUAUACGAGAAACCUGAGGACGUCCGGUACUCCCAGAGACAAAAUUCAUCAAAUCAAGACCAAGAAACAGCAAGAUAUGAUUCACCGAUCUUUGAGAACAGACCACACAGAAGAAUUUUUAAGACCAAAUCUGCUUGUGUUGGUUCAUAAAUCAGAAUAAAGUGUUUCACUAGAAUUCUGUGA